GUACCAUCUACACACUACAUUCCCAUCGGAUUAUGCAAGCAUCGCGACGAUGAUGCUGCUCCUGCUGCCGCUUUAGUGACGCUGACUGGGCUGACUACUAUUUCAACUUUUAUUUGAAAAAAGAAAAUCUCCCAGAAGUCAAUACUUAUAUGAAUUAGGCCUAAUAAUAAAUUGUGCUUUCGGAAAAUUAAGAUAUGAAAUUGUGUUCUGAUAAAAUCAGCAGAGUGGCUGCAGUAUGACGAAGGCAUGACUACCGACGACGGCGACGCCGCGGAAUACAAACAAACACUCUACGUUUAAACCAAUCAAAGUAUGAAAUUCUGUAAGAUUAUUGAGUCCUUUACGCUCCUAAAACGUUUUAUUUUGAACACAGUUCGUGAAUCUAUCUUUUCUUAGUUUAUCAUGAGAAAUUUUGGUAAUUAUUAUGAAAUAAACAGCAUUAUCCAAUGUUUGAAAAAUCUGUUCAUUCCAGCACACCUAUGGGUGGCACUAUUUAAGAGUGUUCGAAAUAUUUCGGCCAAAAUAGUUCUGAACCAAAAUCAAGAGAUGGCGCUAGUUUUCAACGGUUUUUAUUUUAAAAUUUUGGACGAGAAUUUCAUGAACCUUUGCACUAGCUGGCAUGUCGGUUCGUCGGUGACGUCACUUUGACACUAAAGUGCAUCCAAAUGCACCGACAGCACAACUGACAGCACGAAUUUGACACUUGAUUGGUUUUUAAUUGCAAAAACUUGUCAAAUUUUGCAAUUAGCGAACUUGCAACUAAAAAGCGUUGCAAUGAGGGGGUUUGUAACGAGCGAACGACCGCUGUAUUACCGCUCACAUCUUAAAGUUUGGUCGACCCAAGGGGUUGGUCAUUCAAAUAGAGUUAAUAAACUAUAGAGGACGAAUGUCGCUGCUGUUCCCUUUGUUCUCGCUCGCAAACAUGUCGGGUAUCUAUCUGUCAAACUGCAUACUUUUUCGCUUUGACACUUAUAGCCCGGCCUAUCUACGCCAGCAAAAGAUGUUUCGGCAACGACGCCAGCGACAUUCUUCCUCUAUAGUUUAUUACCUCUAUUGUCAUUCAGCACACUUCGUUUGUGCCAAUAUUUUUGAGCGUGUGCCAAAACUGUGCCGGAUGAUUUUCAAUGUGUGCCGGGCUAGUAAUCCUACAUUAUAGAGAUCUGCGGAGGCGGCCAUUGUGAGCCAAUCGUGCAGAGAGAACUGUCAAAGUGUGAGCCUAAUGAACAUGCUUAUCGUUCGUAGGAAGGCGUCGUUUGAAUGGUAUUGCAAUCGGAACUAAAUAAAUAAAAAUUAUUUAUUUUUAAUAUCGAGAAAUUGGCGGCAUAUGUAUGUUUAGUAAAAAGAUAAAAAUUUAUUAAUUCUGCUUUCAAAAGCUCAUGCUUAUGACGACACUUUUGUUGCUGAACUUGUCGAAAAAACUUCCAUUGCUGCUUCUUGCUUCACUUCUGCCGAUAUGAUAAGCGUAACACUUUUGCAUUGAAUUUCAGAUUUCUUCGAUUGCUCCGCUAUUUCAACAAAAAAUUGAAAAAAAAAUUCUACCAUAAUUAGAAAAUGUAAACAAAACAACUUGCACCACAACGAAGUCACGCAAAAAGUUUGAACAUCUAGCUUUGUGGUAAGUGUUGGAAGCUGUUGUAAACAAAACAAACAGCGUUGCCGAAUCGACGUAUGCAACUUCCGCUCAUCUCUAUGUAGAGGAUUUCUAUGCCGGGCGUGCCGAAGGUGUACCGCACGUGCCCAGUGGGGUUUUUUCUUUGAAUGUUUUUGCGCUAAUGAAGAACCCUGCCAAUUUUUGGCGAAUGUUGUUUAUCUGAUUGAUGUUUACAAACAAAAUCCCACCCAGCAAACUUGAUUAAAAUUAAAACAAGCGGAUUUGUUCAAUUGUGAGUAUUUUGACUGGUUGAUUCUAAAGAGCAAUGUUGGAUUUUAUUGUUGUGCCCAUGUGUACCGAAUUGUGCCGGCAUGUGUGCCAAGAUGUGCCGGGCACAAUGUGCCAAGUGACCAACCCCUUGGGUCGACGCAAUUUCCAGCGACACUGCCGUAAGUUUAUUUUCAUUUUUUAGAAAAUUUGGCAACUUUAGCUUAAGUUUACACACAAACAGUUUUGAAAAAUUUUCAUUUAAAUCAUGUUCAAAGUUACUUUGAAUGAGACCUGGGGUUUUGAAAUCGGACGCAAAUUGGCGGAGAUAUGAGCCUAAAAAAAUUACAUGUUUUUGAGGGGGUUGAUCGGGAGUGUAAAUGCAGGGAAACAAAAUAAUUCUGCUGCAAAAUCUUUUUUUUUUUGGUUGUAGUUUAAUGUAACACUGCUUGUCUAAAUAUGAUUUUCACGAAUCAAUUUAUCAUUAUUAGUCUUAUAGAGCACGGGAAUAAUUGGAUAAGGGUGCUUUUUUACAUCUUUUAGCAAAAUCAAAAUUAUCUCACUAAUAUAUUUUUUCAUUUCAGAUAAUCGUCAAGUGAAAUCUACAAUGAUUUCAAAUAACUCAGCAACAAAGACGUUCAAAACAACAUCUUUGCCAACAAUCACAUCGAUCCCUACGACGACUAAUCAGAUGGCACCAAUAACUCAAUCGACGCCUGUGAUCUUGAAUGAUUGUUUAUUGGAGAGCAAAAAUAUUGUUGUCUCAAAAAAAGAUAACAAGUAUAUACUUUUCACCACAGCAUCUGUACCUCAUCAUUCAAAUCCGUUAGUACCAAAUUCGUCGCAAACGAUUCAAACAAUUCAUCCAGUGCAGACAGCUACCGUCAUUGACACAGGGCGCAUUGAGGAACUAUUGAAGAAGGAUAAAAUUAUUAAAAAAACAGAACUACAGAAUGAUGGAACCACAACAACUACCUACAUCUUUGAUGAGUGCGAUAUAUUACCAUUGAAAACUACACCACGUGGUCCAGUGAAUCAUUCUCUUGCUACUACAUCAUCAGUUGACACUCUCAGCAUAACAACGCAAGCAACUGUCUUGAAACCAACUACAAUUUCUAUAGUCAAAGUAGGUGCGGGUGAUAUGGUAGCUACUACUGGAACUGCCGUAAUCCCUGUAGGAACCAGUCUGAUUCCAACAACCCAUGGCAUCGGUACUACCGGUACUAGCAAUCAAAUUAUCAAUGCCAGUACAAUUGAGAAUAAUCAAAGUCAAAAUGCGACUACGAAAAAAAUGGUGAAGGCUACGCAUCCUCGAAUAAAAUAUUCAAGGCACAAAAAUCCGUCUGUACAACCCUUGUCUACAUUACCAAUAUUGACAAUACCAUCAGUGACCACUAACAGUCAGACGAUCGCUGCUCCCAGUAAUGAAUCACAAUCAGUUGGAACUACAACAACUACAAAAAUUGAGUUACUCAAUUUUUCUUUGUCAAGAAAGUAUCCUAGUCAAGGAACAAAAACAAUUGACGUGAGUAACAUACAGCAAAUUCCAAUAUCAGCGAUUUCCAAAGCUGCUCCACCACGCUAUACUAUGAACGAGUAUGAGACAUCUACAUCACAUACAUCACAGAGCAAUGAUUUUGCUACUGGUAUGAUGGAUGAUUUGGAUUAUUCUGUAAUUGAUGAUAUUGAGUUACCAGACGACGUUCAAGUGAACUUUAAUGACUCAUACACGGAAAAAGAAUCUCACACAACUCUUGAAGAAGAAGGCACUGAUACACAAGAUCUUAAUAAAACAGAAACUGUGAAUAAACCGUCUAAAACAGAUACUAAACUUUUGAAUACCGUAAUGGAUGAUAAGUAUGCUCUAUUGGCCAAUACAAGCAUAAUGAAGAACUUUGAAUAUACUGUAAAUGAGUCAGUAGUGAGUGAUACUGAUGAUAGUGAAAUGCGCCAAUACAUUUGUAGACAUUGUGGAAAACGAUAUCGCUGGAAAUCAACUCUUCGAAGGCAUGAAAAUGUCGAAUGCGGCGGCAAAGAAGCGAUGCACCAAUGCCCAUAUUGCACUUAUAGAGCAAAACAGCGUGGAAAUUUAGGUGUUCACAUCCGUAAGCAUCAUGCUGAUAUGCCACAGCUUGAAAGUCGCAGGAAAUCGAAAAAUCGAGAUUCUGUGAGUUUAAUGGAAUCAAUAAAACCAGAGGCAAUGGAAACAAGUAGUCCGGGACAAAUGUGAAACUACAACACGUUUCUGGAAGCGUGUAAUUUGAGUCAUAGCUUUGUAUGAGAAAGCACUUUUUUGUUUAUUUACUAAUAUUAUAAAUACCAUAAGUGUACCAGCCGUCGCUUGCGUUUCAAUCGUUUCAAUAGACUUAGGGGCUGUCCAUAAACCACGUGAUCAUGUGGGGGGGUUUGGGGGGAGGGGGGGGGGGGUGGUGUGUUCGGCCAAUUGCCAUUUUGUAUGGACAAAUAAAAAAAUUUGUAUGAACUAAUGAGGGGGGGGUGGUUGAAAAGUCCCGAAAAAAUGACCACGUGGUUUAUGGACAGCCCCUUACUCAGAUGGUCUCGCAUUGUAGAGGCAUUAGGCAAGAUAAAUUGUAACGUCAUAAAAAUAGUUUACAUUAACAUUUCCGUUGUUUUCAAAAUUAACACAUAUUUUGCUCCAUAUAUACCUGUUUGCCAUGGGAAGUGACACCACAGUUUAUGAAUCGGCAAAAAAAUAUCACUAUUCAUGAAUCUCUUUUCUCCUUCAACUAACACGGUGAUUAAUGAACAGUGGUGAGGGGAUUGACGUAUGUGGUAGUACAGCGGCCGUUCGCUCGUUGCAAACCCGUUAGUUUCAACUAGAGUGACUGGAGGGAGAGUGGCGUCAUCUUCCAAUUUUGACAGGUCUCCUGCUCGUUUGGAACGGGAAUUUGUAUGGAGUUGACAGAUGAUCGCUGUUCCAAUUUUGAAAUUGACGCCAACCUCCUUUCCAGUCACUCUAGUUUCAACCUGUUUCAACUAGAAAUCCUGUUCAUUUGGCUCACACUUUGACAGUUCUCUCUGCACGAUUGGCUCACAAUGGCCGCCUCCGCAGAUGUCUAUAAUGUAGGAUUACUAGUUUCAACGUAGUAAUCCUAUACAUUAUAGAGAUAUUGCGCUGCUAUUUUUCAUAAUUUUGGGGAAACAAGUUUGGCUAUAAUUAACUAACGUAGAUAAAAAAACUUGAACCACAACAAAGUCACGCACAAAUUUUGAACAUCUAGCUUUGUUAGCAGCUGUUGUAAACAAAACAAACAGGGUUGCCGAAUCGACAUAUGUAACUUCCGCUAAUCUCUAUGUAGGGUUGUUAACGUUAAUUAACUAUUAACGCCGUUACGUUAAUUCGUUAACAUUAAUUGUAACGAUCAACGACUUUUGCGUUGAUUUUCUGGAAUCGUUGAUCAACGUUAAGCUUAGUUUCUUGUUGCCAAGUAGAGCGCUUAAGUAAAAUUCCACAUUUUUCCGCAAGUAAUUUUGACAACUAAUCCAGUAUGGGGAGAAACGUCACAUUUCCUUACGGAAUAAUAGCGCGGACUAUUUUUCCGCAAGGAAAAGUGACAGGUCCAUUUGAUUCGCAUGGGAGGCGUUAAGAGUGUUACACUUUUUUCCUUACUUGCCAUCUGCGAACUGCACAAGUAAUUUUGAAACGGAAUCAUUACUUGAUCAUUAGGGUAAGCUGGGGUAAUACGCACCCCUGGGGCAAAACGCCCUCACGCUAUUUCAUUAUAUAGAUGAAGUUCCGUCAGAUGCAAGCAAACUAGACGUAAAACUGAGCCGGACAAGUCCAAGAAUGCCAAGAAUAUUCGAAUGAAAAGCGUGGAAAACGAAGAUUUUCCACAUUUUGAAAGAUUGUCUAAUUUGAAGCGCACGCAACUUAAGCAAUUGCGCGCUGAUUAUAUGGAAUCAACCCAUUAACUACCAUCCGCCUCCAACACCUUCCAUUUGCUGCCGUAAAUAGUAAGAUGGAGCCGCCUGGUGUUUCACUAGAAUUCAAAGCGGAAAAUGCCAGAGGUCGUAUUGCCCCACCUCAAGGUGCGUUUUGCCCCCAACAGUUUGUCAGCACCCAAAACGUAACACUUUUUUAAAUUGUUAAUUUGAUUCGGUAAAAUUGAUAUUACGCGGUCCAAAAGUUGGCGUCUUUUAGUGAAAUAAGUAAACUAACUUCUAAAACGCAAGACGCCCAUACAAUCAUCUCAAUCAUGGUUUUAGGGCCACACAUGCUUAGGGGGUGCAUAUUACCCCACAUUCCCCUACUUGUCCUAUCUUUUUGCACAGUACGUACGAAGUGGAAAUUAGCCAUUAACGUUAACGCAAAGCGUUGAUUUAACGUUACCGUUUCCGUAAAUCUUACGUUGAUUGUAGUAUUUAGGGUCUGUGUCAAUUGACGAAUUAAAAUUAAUUUUCACUUAAACUUGACAGUUCGAUAAUUAUUUCCUUAGGAAAACUGUCAAAUUUAAGUGUUGAACUGUCAAAUUUAAGUAAAAAUUAAUUUCAAUUUGCCAAUUGACACAGACCCUUGCAGUCUUGCGAAUAAUCGCGACCAUCACGAGACAAUCACUUGAACCGCUUUCUGGAGUCACCCUUCCCAAGGUGAUACGAACCAACAAGCAUGUCACGCCUGGAAUGACAAACAUGUUGUGGGUUCCACCCUUCGCAGCUUUGCAGCGAUAGCAGUUGCUGAGUAUGCUUCAGGCGGGUUGCGAGAGAAUCAAUCUUUCUGAGCAACGAUGCAUAACGGGCGAAGUGAGAGCGUUUGCCGUAGCCAGGGCGAACUGCGUGGUGCGCUCAAUGUGUGCGUUUAAACUGAGCUAUGCAAAAAGAAUAGGAUUUAUGACGUAGUACCGUGCUUGUGAUAAUACACAUGCAUAGUUUUACAUGCUGUUGCGCGUGCAUCUGCUUGAGGCGACGGAGAGAGUCAUGACACUCACAUGAGCCGUAUCCAAGUCAGGAUGAUUGUAGCAAAACAAGGGUGACCGGGUGACUAUGAUGGGAUUCUGUCUUUUCAGGUGUUAGCGACUGUAGAGAGAGUGAAUCAGAAACCGCAGAGACAGGGUGAUACAAGCUUGGUGUUUAUCAGCUUUUUUGUGACUUGUACGCUGAUGCUUCGCGACACUGCCCUUAAGCUAAUAAAAUGUUUCAGGGUUUCCAGUUAGCCUAGUGGUUAAGGCUUUGGAUCGCCAAUCCGGGGAUGGUGGGUUCGAUUCCCGUUCCGGUCGGAGAAAUUUUCUCGACUCCCUGGGCAUAGAGUAUCAUUGUACUUGCCUCACAAUAUACAAAUUCAUGCAAUGGCAGGCAAAGGAAGCCCUUCAAUUAAUAACUGUGGAAGUGCUCAAAGAACACUAAGUUGAAGCGAGGCAGGCCAAGUCACAGUGGGGACGUACAGCCACAAAGAAGAAGAAGAAAAUGUUUCAAAUAUUAUUGAUGAACAUGACGGAAUUUGACUUGGAAUUUGCCAAUGUAGUGGGCAUUUUCGAGGGAUUUAUAUUGGAGGUAAUGCAGAUUUUUAAGCAAUGUCUGAUGAAAACUUUGAUUUUUGAUUGGCUUUGUAGUUGGAUCGAGAAGUUGAAAUAUUUACAGCAUUAUUCAGUCGCCGUUGAAUCAACGAAAUGAAAAAUCAAAAUGUUCAGAAUAAAUCUCUACCGACAUUUGUUAAGGACUAGCUGUCCCGGCAAACGUCGUACUGCCUGCCUACUGUAUUUUUUGACAUGCAGCUCCGUAGAGAUGUCCCCCGCAAAGUCACCUGUAUGGGAGCCCCCUGUUCUAGAGACCGGAGAGGUCUUACACCAAGCUAAGAACCUUCCCCGGCCUCAAACAUACCCGCUACAAAAUUUCACACCGAUCGGUUCAGUGUAAUGCAUAGCGGUCAGACAGACAGAAAUUAAUUUAUAUAUAUAUAUAUAUAUAUAUAUAUAUAUAUAUAUAUAUAUAUAUAUAUAUAUAUAUAUAUAUAUAUAUAUAUAUAUAUAUAUCUUGAAUUUUUCAUCAUUACGGUGGUCAUUUGAAGUUAUUUAAAUUCUGAUCUAUCAGGGUUGAUCCCUGAUGGUGCCAAUUCUUGUCAGUAAUAGCCGAUGACAAAAUAUUUAGCGAACGUUCAAUUAUUAUUAUUAUUACUAUUUAUUAACGACACUUUACCAUUAUUGUGGCAUUCGUGUCAUGCGAACGUUCAAGAAGAAGCCAAAUAACUUAAGAGAAAUAAUCAUGAAAUUUUGGGAGCUAUUAAAUUCAGUUUGAAUAGGAGAAGAAACACGAGGAAGACAUAAAGGUGGUAUAAUUGUAGGAAAAUGUGGCUAGCAUUCCUACACAAAUUUGUUGUAGGUCAUUUUAGAGGAUUUCUAUUUGUAGCGAAAUAUUUGCCAAUUUGAACUAAUUUUGUAUAUGGUUUUUAAUAUUUUAUAUAUUCUAAUUGUCUCAAGGCUUGACGACGAAUUUAUGCGUUCAUUUUGACCAAUUAUGAGCUCCCGUGUAUCACUUUCGCCAACCCUACAUUAUAUGUGGCAACUCUUUAAGUGACUUUUUGGAACUGUGCCUAGUGCGCGAAGAGUUAUUAGUCCACUAGACCACUAAUGUGGGCGCUAUUUCAUGGGUAACGAGUCGUAUGACGAAAUUACAGCGACAUUUGGUCGUUUUAGAAGCAUAUGUAUUGGACGUCCUAUGAGACAACUUGAAUAAAUGCAAACUUUAGGGAAUACUGAUUCUGAAAGUAUUACACUAUUUUCAUAAUUCAUCGCAAAUGAAAGAAUGAGAAUGAGGUUUGCGAAAUCCAGGAAUAGGAUGCGGAUGCAUGAUUUUGAUGUCAAAUUCCGAUAAUACCUUUCUUGAACCCAGAAGUUCGUACGUGAAAUUUUUGCUCUUGAUCUUCAAAAACUUGAUCUUGAAAGUUCAACAGAUUUGCUAUAAUGGUAUUUUAAAAACUUUACCUGAAUCUGCUGCUUUCAAUGCGAUCUUAUAGAAAUCGUUCUAUCAGUGCAAUGCCAUGUAAGGGGAAUGACCAACUUUCUUGAAAUGUGGAAAAAAGUUGACAUAUGCAGCAUGCGAUCAACUCCAAAUGUAGUAAAUUCAGACGAGCCACAUAUAUUGACUCAAUACUUUUCAAUUGUUCGUAUAUCACAGUAAUUAACGAUUAAAAUAACGUCAUCGUUGACGUUGAUUUAACGCAACCCGUUGACGUUAACGUUAAUUUUCAUUAAAAUCAACGCAACGCCGUUGACGUUGAUUUCCGCGAAAGUUAACGUUAACGGCGUUAAUCAUUGAUUAACGUUAACAACCCUGUUCUUGAUAUAGCUGUCUUGGCACAUGGUGUAGUGCCCGUCGACUUUUUCGAUGUGGAUUCCGAGGAACUGACGAAGGUCUCCUAGGGAGUACAGCUUGAAAUGUUGCCCCAACUUGGCUCGAAUCUCCUCGAACUCCUGCUCUGAGUGGCAGAAGACGACCAUAUCGUCUACGUAUAUCACUAUGAAGCACAUCUUACCGUCCUUGUUUCUUUGCACGUAGAGGCACGAAUCCGCUUUGCCGGGCUCGAAUCCCUUCUGUUUGAAAAUGCCAUCGAUUUUUGCAUUCCAAACCCACGCGGAUUGUUUCAAGCCGUAGAGGCAGCGUUUCAGCCGACAGACCAGAUUAUCAUCCGACCGAAAUCCUGGAGGCUGCUUCAAAGGAUGUCUUCUUCGAGGCUGGCAUAGAGAUAGGCGCACUUGAUAUCCAGGUGUUUGGUAAUCAUCCCGUCACGACUCGCGAUUGUCAACAGUGUGCGAAGAGUAGUUUGCUUUACUACAGGGGCAAACACCUCGUCGUAGUCUAUACCAUAGCGUUGAGAGAACCUUUGUGCGACCAACCUCGCUUUGUGCCGCACUAUUUGGCCGUUCUCGUCCUCCUUCUGUUUAAAAGUCCAUGGCAGCCAAUGGCCAUUCUGCCAGGAGGAAGCUGCACCAAUUCCCAGGUCUGGUUUUCUGCAAGGGUUGUAAUCUCCUCCAUCGGCGUCUGCCAAAUGGCUUUUUCCGGUCGCUGGAUCGCUUCUUCGCUUUCUGCUUCCGGUUAGCCCCAUCAGCUCCUACAUCCGAUGCGCUUUCAAUAAAGCCGCUUCUUCGUGGAUCUAUCCAAAAACCGGUAGGCUUUGUGCUCUAGUGAGUAGCCUACGAAAACGAGCUCCUUAGCAGUGGGGGCCAGCUUCUUGGGCCUUUUCUUUCGGGAUAUGCACCCACGCACUGCAUCCAAAAACCCUCAGGUUUUUCACGUCCGGUUUGGAAUCGUACCAGAUCUCACACGGUGUAAACUUAACAGGCUUCGUCGGGAGGAUGUUUUGGGGAAAUACGGUCGUGUUAACUGCCUCCGCCCAAUAGUACGCCGGCAGAUUGGCGUCGAACAAGAGGCAACGAACCAUUUCAACAAGGUAGCGGUUCUUACGUUCCGCUAACCCGUUUUGUUGCUGACUGUAGCCCGCCGUGUACUGCGGUUGUAUUCCCUCCUUCCUAUAGAAUUCACGCAACUUCCUCUCCACCUUGAUCCGAACGUAUUAUUCUGGGCUUCCGACCGAAACGAUUUUGCGCCAUUCCCACGUAUUCCCGGAUUUUGGCUGCUACUUCUGACUUGUGUUUGAGUACACUGGGAAAAAAAUCUUCAUUCCUUCUAUGUGUCCGGGACAUGGAUUUUUGCAAUGGGGGUAAACAAAUGUUUUCCAUUAAUGCGACUCAUACUUUUGAUGAGGCGCCAUACAGCAGCGACUCAUACAAUUUAGAGCACAUACUAUUCAUGCGCUAAUUUGCCUGCGUAAUCGGAUAUUGGUUGCAUAUACUUUGGAUGUGGUUUGGCACAUGGAUAUUUGCCAUUUAGUAUGAGGCAAUUUUCCUGAGUGUAGGUACACCACGCAGUAGCGAGAGUGAUCGUCAAUCAUAGACAUGAAAUAACGAUAUCCGCUGACUGAUGGCACUUCAACCGGGCCGCAGACGUCCGUGUGCACAAUAUCCACCGUCGUUUUUGUGCAUGUUGACGAUUCCUUAGGGCGGGGUCCGCGAGCUUUUCCCCUUCAGGCAACAAUCGCAAGGCUCAUAUCGAUGCCACAAUCAAACAUUUCCAAACCGCUUACCAGGUCGUUCUUUUUCAUCCGGAUAAUCGCUGCCGGGUCCCUUCUAUGCCAGACGUGCGGGCUGUCUUUGUUGUGAUGACCGCUGACAGAUAACGCCACCUCUUCUGGUUGCUUUAGCUGGUACAGCCCAUGCUUCAACGUUGUCACAGCCACCGUCGUUCCGUCCCGCGUGAUUCGGCACCCACGAGCAUCGAAAAUCACUUCGGCAUUUUUCUGCACUAUCGCCGGCACUGACAACAUUCCCAGGCCCCAUCCAUUUGGUUUCCUGUGCAAUGUUGACUGUUCUGGUCAGUAACGGAGUAGCAACUACGAAUUGUACGGUCAUCUCAUGCUCAUGCUCAUGCUCACUAUCGCCGGCACCGACAACAAGUUCACAAGGUUAGGUGUGUAAAGCGCGAUACUUAUGAUCAUUUGUCUUGGUAGUCCGAUUUCAUCACAACACUCGAUCGUGACACACCCCUGGCCUUCCACUUUCGUCAAUUUUCCUUCGGUUAGCUUCACAUAUUUAAUGUCACAACUGUUCAGUUCACUAAAGAAGCUCCGAUCGGCAACUGUGUGACUAAUCGCACCAGAGCCCACAACCCACGGCUUCGAGCCGUCGGAAUGGAUUACCGGCAGGGAGUGCGUUCAAUGCUGGUCAGCAGGAGUAAAAACAUUUUAUUUUGUAUGGCGAAAAGCAUCUAAACUCGAAUUUCUCGAAAUGAAAAGAUUUUAUCGAAAAAAUAUUUGGUAGGCACCAAACCGGUCAUCAUUGUGCACAACCGAUACCAAAUAUUUUUUCGAAUAAUGUGUUCCACUUCGAGAAAUACACCUUUAGAUGCUAUUCGCCAUACAAUAUUUUUGCGAUUUACUUUUAGCGAUUUUUCGCGCAUAGAAGCUAGCGCCACAUUGGUCGAUGCGGAGAGUAGGAAAAAAGCCAAAGCAUUUAAUCCAUUAGCACACGCGCCGGCCGCGGAAGCAAACGAAACACAAUCUUCUCUUUCCUUGGGGGGUUGUUUUCCUUUCGGCUUCGGGUCACCGUCCAAAUCACGAGCGCGCUGCGGGCACUCAAACUGCUUAUGGCCCUCCUUUUUGCACCGGUGACAAAUCAGAGGCUUCUUCUUCUUCUUGUUGCUUCGGCCUUGUACCCCAGCAACCUUCAAGACUUGGUCGUUUCCGGAUGCGCCUUGAUGUUUCAUCACCUCGUCCAGGAGCUUUCGCUUCACGAGUUCCAGGGUGAGAUCCGCGUCGGACCGGCUCUCAAGGGCGGUCGUCAGGGUAUCGUAGGAACUCGGCAGACUCCUUAAAAUCAUCGCGACUUGAAGAUUCUCUGCCAGUCCCUAUCCUGCGUUCCUCAGCCUUUCAAAUAACUCCUCCAUGGCAAAGAUGUGCUCUGCCAUAUCUUCACCAUCUGCGAAACGCUUAUCGCAAAUCUGCUUCAAAAGCGAAACUUUUGAUUAGAGUUGCUUUUUGGUGGUGAUUCUGGAUCGCGAUCCAGGCUGCCUUCGCUGUUGGAGCCGCACGGAUCAGCCCGUGCUGGUUGUCCUCGAUGAGCAGGCCAAUGGUUGCCUGGGCCUUCGCAUCCAGUGCAAUCCAGGCAUCGUUGGAUUCUCCUGCCUUUUUAACGCCGGGAUCGACACAACGCCACAGGUCCUCACGGAUAAGCAGAAGUUCCACCUUAAAUUUCCAGGUGAGAUAGUUGUUAUUAUUCAACUUUUGAAGGCUGAACCGAUUGCCAUCCAUUUCCGCGCGAACAACUUUCGAUAUUUGGCGAAAACGAACGAUUUUCGCAAAAAAACCAUUAAAAUUUCAAAACGGCGUCAAAUUUUCUUCCGUCCCGAUACUCGCUACCACGCACAGGCCCAUUAACCUGUUGGCGGAUUAUGCACAGCGAGAGAGAAUAAAAGAACAACGUCUGUUGUCUGGAAGAAACGCGUACGAACUAACUUUAUUUAUCUUCAGUUUACAUUGGAGUAAAACGUGUUAAUAACUUUAUUUGUUGCCAACACAGUUGUUGUGCUGACAGUAACGUCACUCUUUUCCCUUAAUUUGGGGUUUUCAACAAUAUCGAGGCAACUACCUCUACUAUGCCGAAUCUGCACGCCAAACUGGGUGGUAUCUACAGGGGAUAGACAAAAUGAUCGGGACAGGCAAAAUUUUCACUUUACAAAAAAUGUUCAACUAGCUGUAACUUUUCGAAAAGUGCAUCAAAUAUUUUCAAAUUUUCACUGUAAGUUCAUCAUCUAGUUGUGUAUUAGAGGUCAAAAUUUGGAAAAGAUCGAGCUAUUCUGCACAGAUAUAACAGCUCAAAGUUGGCUAUCGGAUAAUUAUACCUUUUUCAAGAAUCUUUAUAACUUCGUGCAAAAUAGUCCGAUCUUUUACAAAUUUUGAACACUGAUACAAAACUAGUUGACCAACUCACAGUGAAAAUUUGAGAAUAAUUGAUACCUUUUUCGAAAAGCUACAGCUAGUUGAACAUUUUUUGAAAAGUGAAAAUUUUGCCGUCCCGAUCAUUUUGUCUAUCCCCUGUAAGUUUUUAUAAUUUUAUCUGCACGCCAAACUGGGAGGAAUCUAUUUUUUUUUUUAAUUUUCGGUGUCCGGGAACGAAUAGGUAUAAAAUUCAAUUUUAAGUUUAUAUGGGAUCGAUUUAAUGAAUCGCCCUUCGGCGGAUUUUGUAGUAAUAGCUGUCAAAAGGUGAAAUGAAAAAUCUUUUGAAAUCCAUUUUUAGGUCAAGAUCAAGAUGGAUUUUGGCACUUCAGAAAAAAGUGUUCUUGUAUAAAAUUUACAAAACAAAACCCAUCUGCGAACUGCUCAAGUAAUUUUCGGGAUCAUUAGUUGCCAUUACUUGUGAUAUCCUUUCGUACAGUGGAUACAAGCAUUUAUGAAGCAGAACAUGUUUUAUUUUAAAUACAAGAAAAUGGAUUUUUUCUCAUCGUGUCUAUAAUGGGGGAGCAUCUGAAUUAAUUUAAGUCAACAAUCACUAUUUUUACGGUUAUUGCAUCACGAACGGCUACUACACUGGCAGUGCAGUGUGUUACAAACAUGUGCGUGCAUCUAAAGAAACACAGUUUAUGUAAAAGUAGACCCAACAACUGAGUUAAAAAAUGUUAAGGUGCUUAAAAUAGCUACAUUUCAAUCACUAAAAGUAUUGCUAUAACAUGCAGUAUGUUGGCUAAGGAAUAUACAUAAGUUGUGUUACGAAUAUGGUUUAUUGUAAGACAGGACGACAAACGUAAAAGCUACCUUUGUGCCGAUAUGAGUUUUCAUAUAAUUAUAUGUACAUAUGUGUUCCAACUAAGACGUAAAAAAUGACGAAUUGAUGUUUUUUUUUUGCAUAUGUAACAACAUGGUAAUUUUCAACAUUGCUUCUGGCAAAAGAAAAACUAUGUCAAUACCAACUUAUGUAAGUAAGUAGGUUUCAGUAUUGAAACCUGAUAAAAUAAUAAAUAAUAUUAUCUAUAGUUGCAUAAUCUAUUCUAUUAUUUAAAUAUGUCUAAGCGGUCUCCCGGAAUGCAUCAUUUAUAAUCCGAUUGGAAGGACAAUUUGAAUUAUAUCUACCGUGAGGUCGCCAUUCACCGCUCAUUAACCGGCAUUUUCGUAAAGAUGACAUUUAAAAUCGACGUUGGCGAAUAUUGCACAUUAAUUUACCUCAACAACUCAAUUAUCUAUAAAUAAUUAUAGAAAAAAUAUAAAACGAUCGUAAAAUAUGCUUACAACCGAAAAUGUGUUAUCUCUUGGCUCCUAUUACCGCUCAUGCAUCCACUCACCGCUCAUAAUGGAUCCAUUCACCGCUCACUGGAUUAUUUUUCAUGGAACCACGUAAACACUUCAUUUAUAAAAACAAAAUAACUUUUAUUUGCUAAAGUAUUGAUUAUUAUAAUUUAUUUAUUUAAGAGGUUUUAACAAAAAGUCAUUCGCCUUCGUAAAAAAAGGAUUAUACUUAAAUACUUUUUAGCAAUUAACAUUUCUUGAAUUGAAUUGAAUUAGCUUUUCUUACUGCUGCUUAACCCGACGUCUCCACUAGACAGAAAUGUCUUGCCAUUUUGCUGGACAGAUGUGUCAUGACAGAAAUGUUUUCUCGCUGUUUGCAUGGAAAGCAGCGGUGUUGAUCAUUUCUGUUACGUUUUCUCUUUCUGGCAACGUCACUUUGACACUAAAGUGCAUCGAAAUGCACUGCCAGCAUGACUGACAGCAUAAAUUUGACACUUGAUUGCUUUUUAAUUGCAAACACGUGUCAAAUUUUGCAAUUAGCGGACUUGCAAUAAAAAAGCGCUGCAAUGAGCGAGUUUGCAACGAGCGAACGGGUUCUGUACAGCGGCCGUUCGCUCGUUGCAAAAUGUUUACUUUGCAACGAGCGAAUGCCAUUCGCUAAUUGCAACGUCACUUUGACACUAAAGUGCAUCGAAAUGCACUGCCAGCAUGACUGACAGCAUAAAUUUGACACUUGAUUGCUUUUUAAUUGCAAACACGUGUCAAAUUUUGCAAUUAGCGGACUUGCAACCUAAAAGCGUUGCAACGAGCGAGUUUGCAACGAGCGAACGGGCUCUGUACAUGGAUAUUUUUCGUGUUUCAAAACAGCCAAACUUUGACCGCUUUGGGCUAGCACUUAUCGAAGUCCGAUUGAGCAGAAAUUUUGCAUGGGGCCUUGUUUUGAGGAGACGAAACUUUUGAGCACUACCCAUUUUUGAAAUUCGAUGGUCAAAUUCUUCCCAUACAUCAUUGGCACCCUAGCACAUACUGAUACAGAGCCCGUUCGCUCGUUGCAAACUCGCUCAUUGCAACACUUUUUGGUUGCAAGUCCGCUAAUUUCAAAAUUUGACACGUGUUUGCAAUUAAAAAGCAAUCAAGUGUCAAAUUUAUGCUGUCAGUCAUGCUGGCAGUGCAUUUCGAUGCACUUUAGUGUCAAAGUGACGUUGCAAUUAGCGAAUGGCAUUCGCUCGUUGCAAAGUAAACAUUUUGCAACGAGCGAACGGCCGCUGUACACAAAUGCACCGACAGCACAACUGACAGCAACUGUUGUAUUUUAUUUUUUGGUUUAAGAAGACAACUGUUAUAGUAAAGCGGCCAUUCGCUCGUUGCAAAAUGUUUACUUUGCAACGAGCGAAUGCCAUUCGCUAAUUGCAACGUCACUUUGACACUGAAGUGCAUCUAAAUGCACCGACAGCACAACUGACAGCACGAAUUUGACACUUGAUUGCUUUUUAAUUGCAAAAACUUGUAAAAUUUUGCAAUUAGCGAACUCGCAACUAAAAAGCGUUGCAAUGAGGGGGUUUGCAACCUGAGAGAGAGGAGACAUCUCACUGACAGCCACGAUGUUUACAUGUCUUCUUCUUACUUCAUUCGCCGCACAAUGGUUUGAAAAAAUAUUAUUGGUCAAAAAUGAAUUGCUUAUUGAGUUCGUUGCGACAGAGCAUGGAAAAUAAAUGGAUUCGUUGCGCUGGUCGUGGGAAACUGAUCAUAAUUUUUUUAUCUUUUUAAAUACAACAAACGGAGCAAAAUUUUGAUAAGAUCUUUUGGAUAUUUGGCCACUCCACACCAUCAAUGUGCGAUUUUAACCUCGGUUCGCGGUGACAGUUUGUGACAGAUCCUCCUUGACAUUAAGUAGCACGCAAUCGAAGCCAGCUGUCUCCUCUCUCUCAGUUUGCAACGAGCGAACGGCCGCUGUACUGCCCUAACUUUGAAUAAUUUUCGUAUGAUUGACCCAAAAUGAGCGGUGAAUGGCGACCUCACGGUAAUUCAAUUUUGACGUACAAAUACUUAUUAAAGCUAGUUUUUUGUUAGUUUAUAUUAAAAAUAUACCCGAUUAUUUUUUUUGCACGUGUCGUUAUUUUGCUACACUGCCCCUCUUCGCAUGUUCAGUCCCAUGUUGUUUUUCAAAGUGCCUAGGUACGUUUUGCUAGUGCAUGUACUGUAUAGUACAGUGAGGAUUCGCUUGUUGGGUUAGGGGCUGUUCAUAAACCACGUAGACCAAAUUUUGUCCGUCUCAGACCCCCCCCCCCCUCGUAGACUUUCGUCCACACAAAAAUUUUAAAAUUUGUAUGGAGCGUAGACUUUUGUCAGACCACAAGUAAGCAAGAACAGAAUAAUAAAAUGCACUGUUGUUUGAAGCUUGCUUCUUAAGAUUUGUGCGUCUGAAGUUCUGAUGCACUGUUCAAACGAGAUUUCUAGACAUUUGUCCUUAAAAUAGAGGAAUUUACAAAUUUGACAGUAAGUAUCCACAUUUAUUGAAGGAGUUAAAAAACAACCGGCAGCCGUAGUCUCAGUUUCUCAGUCUGGUAAUCGGAAGAACUUUCGAAAUCAUUAGGGGGAUUCACUUAACAGCGUAAACUGAUUAAACGUCGUGAUCACCAAGGUUAUCUUUGAUUAUUUCAUUCGUAAAAUCAUGAAAUUACAAAUAAGCAGAAAAUCAUGGCUUACGCAGCAAUUUAAUUUGUUUAGUGAGUACUCCUAUUGUAAUAAAGUUUCAUUGAAUGCAAAAUGCAACGGCAUCACUGCUCAAAAAAAAAAAAAAAACAAUGAUUGAUAGAUACGAUGUAUUGAAUACUUAUUGAACCAAAAAAUAAAAUACAAAUUUAAUUUCUUGGAAUUUCUUGAACGUAGGUUAUGACUAUAUGGAUGCAAAGAUACAAAUAUUUAUGAAGAAUAUUAAGAGAAAUUAAUAAAUAAAUGUUUAAAAAUCAA